AUGUCUGAUAUCGCCGCAAUUACCGAGAAGCUUACGCCCCAGCCGGAGGUUGCCUAUCCGAAGACUCCAUUCUACGAGGGAGCUGAGGCUCCUUGUCGAUUCGAAGGCGAGGUAUAUAACUGUGUUGUCAAAGGAACAAUUCCAACAGAAGUGCAGGGUACCUAUUAUCGUUGCAUGCCUGACGCUCUUUGGGCACCGAAGUAUCAUGACGAUGUGUUCAUUAAUGGUGAUGGCGCGAUCGAUGCCAUCCGCAUCAAGGACGGACACGCCGACUUCAAGCAGAAGCAGUCUUUGGGAAGUACCGCAAUCGAUACACUGAUGAUCCUCGUGUUAAACACGAGAUUCACCUCGACUGCAAAUACGCACAUCGUCUACUUUGAGAAGCAGCUUCUGGCUUUGAAGGAAGACUCUCCUCCAUAUGCUAUGGACCCGCACACUUUGGAGACAAAAGGACCCUAUAACUUCAAUGGGCAAUACACUGCGCCGACCUUUACGGCGCACCCUAAAAUUGACCCUACCACCGGGGAAAUGCUAACUAUGGGCUAUGAGGCUAAGGGAGAUGGCACCGCUGAUGUUGCCUAUUACCUUUUCAGCAAAGAGGGCAAGAAAUUGGAAGAAUGCUGGUUCAAAGCCCCUUACGUUGGAAUGAUGCACGACAUGGCAGCAACCGACAACUGGGUUAUUUUCAUUAUUCCCCCGCUUGAAACACAGUCUGUCGAUGAGAUGAAGAAGGGGUCUAAGCACUUCGCUUGGGCCGAGGAGAAGCCAUUGACCUUUGGAAUUUUGCCCCGCCGAAACCCCAAGCCGGAAGACAUCAGGUGGUUCACUUACAAGAACGCAUUCUACGGACACACCGGAAAUGCAUUUGAUGGCGAGGACGGGUGUGUUUAUUUGGACGCGCCUCUUACUAAUUUCAACAAGUUCUGGUUCUUCCCGCCGCGUGGUCAAGACCCAAUGGAGGCUGCGAGUGGCAGGCCUCCUACUAGCGGAAAUGUUAGCCAGUACGUGCGAUGGAAAUUUGACCCCAAUGCGACCGACUUCCAUGUCAAGCCUACUGUAUUGGUCGAUGUUGACGGCGAGAUGCCGAAGGUUGAUGACCGUUUUGUCGGCAAGCCAUACAACACUGUUUUCUAUGCCAUGCAUGAUCCUACAAAAGAGAAUGGCCCCGUCGGUGGUGUGUACAACGCGAUUGCAAGGUGCAACGUGGCUACCGGGGGAUUGAUCUACUGGUCUGCUGGUGACCACACUGCUAUUCACGAAGUGGCAUUUAUCCCGCGAAAGGCUGAAUCGGCCGAGGCCGAUGGAUACCUUAUCACUCUCGCCAACAGGCGGGAUACCGGAUUUUCUUGCAUUUUGAUACUAGACGCCCAACGAAUUCUCGAGGGCCCCGUUGCAAUCAUAGAACUUCCAUUCCGCCUCAGAAAUGGAAUUCAUGGAAGCUGGGUCUCAGCGACCGAGCUAGAUAACGCAAUCGACCUCUGCGACAUGUCUGGUGUAACCGAGAAGAUCCGCAAGGAAUUCGGUGCCAAGGAGCCCACUUUCCCAGUUCUUUAG